AUGCAGAGCGUUGCCGAUUUUCGAGAUGACGAGAUCUUCCCCCCCUUCAAGGACUUGCCGGGUCUGACGCUCAGGCCUGAUAGUGACUUUAUGGACGACAAUUGCCAACCGAUAGCGCAUUGGUGUUUUAUGGGCGAAAUUGAAGAUCUGGAAUUGUUUAUACGCCCGGUGGUGACCGCCCGUGAUAAGCGGGGGGAAACUUCGAUCAUUGCAUUCUACAUGGAUGACCGUUCAGCGGGCGAGUACUCAUUUCAGCCCAACCAUACGAUUGCUGUUUUAUACCCGGAGCAGCAUCAUUUCCGGGACGGCAGGCGCGGAAUCCGUGUAGAAGACCCAAAGGUCGUCAAGGUGGGAAGCAGGAAAAGAGACAGCUCUGAGAGUAUAGCUUGGAUGUUGACUUGGUCUUGUGAAUUAGAUCAUACCUACCUCGCUGAAUAA